UUCACAUGUAAAAUUGGUACCGAUCUUUUCACUAGUAUUCCAAGUUAGCUAAUAGUUUAUGAUUGAUAUUUCGUUCUUAUUCAACCAAAUAAUUAUCCACCCUCACAAGCUUUGUCCAAUAUAACUUAUAUAAUUAACCCCACAACAUAUCAAUUAACUAAAACCCAUGCCAGUAUGCCACCUUGUUCCUUAUCCUACUAUACCAUCAAUAAGAAAUUGUCUACAUAGCUAAGACCUGACUUGGGCCAAAAUAAUUGCAUCCAAAGUUCAAGUAUUUGUUAACAAUCUUCUAUUCUUUCCAUCCCGGUUUUUUGUGAGUCAAAAUGCAUGACUGGGCUGCUCCGAUCAUAGCUUCGGCGUUGUUUGCGUUUUUAGCACCUGGACUCAUAGUCCAGAUGCCAGGAAAAGAGUCGCCUAUCGGUUUUAUGAACAUGAAAACUAAUAUAGUCUCUAUGUGUAUACAUACUGUUCUUUAUGGUUUGCUUCUUAUAUUGUUUCUUGUUGUACUCGACAUACAUAUGAAUGCUUAGGCAUAUAUCUAUGUAUGUACUCAGACAACAUGGCACUAUUGAAGAUUGGUUUCCUCUUAAUUCUUAGUUAUCAAGUCCAUGAUGUUUUAUUUACCCCUUAUAUAUGAUCAUAUGCGUAUGUAAUUUCAUGUUUUUCCAGGUUUGGGAUAAAAAAUCUUAUGUAAUUUGCUUUGAAGCAUGCAAGUCAUUAUGUGUGUUUGGUUCAUAGAAAUGACAACGAAGAAGGGAUCACUUUCUUUUUCUUUCCCAUAUAGUUGAAUUUGUUUGGUAUGAUAUGAUGCAUUGAAAUUGUACUGUAUAUUGGAUAUCAAACUCAUUAAUGUAUGAAGAUUUUAAACA